UUGAAAAUCGCUUCUUCAGGCGGGGAUAGUAGCAGCAUUGUCGUCCGCACACAGUGAAGUGUGUUUGUGCGUGAAAAUGGCGGUAGCGGGGUUCUACAGGCGCGCCCUUCCUUCUCCUCCAGCUAUUGAUUUUUCUUCUCCUGAAGGCAAGAAACUCUUCGGGGAGUCACUUCAAAAAGGAAAUAUGGAAGGGUUUUUCAAGUUGAUUUCUUAUUAUCAAACACAAUCUGAGCCUGCAUAUUGUGGUUUGACCACCCUUGCAAUGGUCUUGAAUGCCCUUGCUAUUGAUCCAUGUAGAAAAUGGAAAGGACCUUGGAGAUGGUUUGAUGAAACUAUGUUGGAUUGCUGCGAGCCACUAGAAAACGUCCGCGAUAAGGGCAUAUCAUUUGGGAAAGUUGUAUGUUUGGCACGCUGUGCAGGUGCCAAUGUCGAAGCUUUUCGCACUGAUCAGAGCUCUAUUGAUGAGUUUCGGAAGUAUGUAAUGAUGUGUUCUACAUCAGAUGAUUGUCAUGUGAUCUCAUCAUAUAGUAGAAGAGUUUUUAAGCAGACUGGAACAGGUCAUUUUUCUCCCAUUGGUGGAUAUCAUGCUGAGAGUGAUAUGGUGCUGAUUCUUGAUGUUGCAAGGUUUAAAUAUCCUCCUCACUGGGUUCCACUCUCACUUCUUUGGGAAGCCAUGGAUACUGUUGUUGAAGCAACUGGACUACGCAGAGGGUUCAUGCUUGUGUCUAGGCAGCAAAGAGCACCAGCUUUGCUUUAUGCCAUGAGCUGCAAACAUGAGAGUUGGAUUAGUACUGCAAAAUACUUGAUGGAUGAUGUUCCAGUGCUGUUAAGCUCAGAUAAUGUCAAGGACAUAAAACAUGCCAUUUCGACUGUUUUCUUAUCUCUACCAUCAGAUUUUUCAGAGUUCAUUAAGUGGGUGGUGGAGGUCUGCAGAAAAGAGAAUGUCCAUCAAGCUCUAAGCCAAGAAGAGAAAUCAAAACUUGCUAUGAAGGAGGAGGUGUUGAAACUAGUGCAAGAGACUGGCCUUUACAAGCAUGUGACCAAUACCUUGUCUGCUGAAAAUUCAUUUUGCAGGACAGAACAAACUUUGGGUCACAUAUGUCAUCUGCCUAAUAUUGCAGCUGGUGCUUGCUGUCGAGAAACAUGUGCAGGAUCUUAUAAGGCUACCAAUAGUGACAAGCAUGUUACAGUAGCCUCUGGGACAGUGGCCAACCACACUGUCGAACAGGGAGUUGCUAGUCUAGUCUCUUCGUCUCAAAGAGAGCUUAAUUCCUGCACUUUCGGCAACUCAUGUGGUUGCUCGGCUAUGCAACCGGCAAGCAGUGAUGUUUUUACAGCACUUCUACUGGCAUUGCCACCUCGAACAUGGUCUGCCAUUAAAGACAGAAAGGUUUCGGAGGAGAUAUCUAUCUUAGUUUCUAUAGAGAGUCUUCCUCCAUUUCUCCAGGAUGAGAUUUUGCACUUGAGAGAUCAGCUCCUCCUUCUCAAGAGAUGCAAAGAUAACAGAGUGGAAGAUGAUCUGGAUGCUCCGAUGAUCUGAGUAAGUAUUAUUUUGGUUAUAGCACAACUGACUGCUUCAAUUCUUGUCUGGUGUAGGCUUAAUGUAAGUAACAGUAGGGGCAUGAACUGUCCUCAAUGCUUUCUAGACUCCACCUACAGAAUGAUUGCUGUUCGGAGCAGAAUAAUUGAUGUCCCUGAAUUGCACUAUAUGAGAUGCACAGGACGCCUUUGCUUAUGCAUGUCUGUAGCACCCCACAAUAACUUUAUCUUUUUUAAAUAUCACACUUAAAGUAAAUUUUGUUUAUACAUGUAAAUAAACACAUAAUACAAUCUCUAUUGAGUAUAUAUAUACACGUA